AUGGCCAUGUCCUAUGCAUUGGCGCGCAACAUAGCUUGCCUGGUGCUGGAGGUGGUGUACCUGGUGGGGUUGCUGUGGAACGUGUGUGGCAAGCUGGCGAAGAUGGGGGACCAUGCUGCCCACUGUCCUCCCCACCUCUCAGCUUCUGCAUGUCUCUUCACCCUCCUCCCCUUUCUUUUCUCCCCGUCUCUGCCUCUUUUCCCUUCUCCCAACCCUAUAGGUGCUACUGCUGGUGACGGUGCUUCAGGUGGUUGUGCUGGUCUCGGUGAUAACCCUCUCUGA